AUGCCUUUGCCGCCGUCGGAUAGUGCGUACCCUCCCCUUGCCGAGCGAGUGUUUCUCCUCUUCAACGGGGCAUCUGCCAACGCAGAUUUUGACAUUGUGCUGGUGCACGGGCUUGGAAGCGGGGAAUUUAAGUGCUGGACAAAUGAGCGUGGCCUCCUGUGGCCAGCGGUGUUUAUCCCGCAGGAGUUCCCACAGUGUCGCAUUCUCUCUGCUGGAUACGCCCACACUCUGUGGCAGUGGUCAUCAUCGGUGCGAACGGCGAAAAAGAAAUCAGAGGAAUCGGAUCAGGAAGAGGAUGGCGAAUGGACCACGGGCUCUAUCCGGCGGUGGGUUUCGGGGACCUGGCUCGGUGGCAGUGAUCCUUCUGCAGAAGCCAGGGCAUGCAAAGGCGGCAGCACCGAAAGUGCUUUGAAAGGUGGCGCAGGGCCACCCCAUUCGGUCUCGUUGAAAAACGAGAGAGAACAAGAAACAUUGGAGCGCUGUGCCGCGGAUCUUGCGGAUCGUCUCCUCUCUGACGCGGUGGGUGUCGGUAAGCGGCCUGUCGUUUUUAUUGUGCACUCGUUGGGUGGCUUGGUGGUCAAGCAGAUGAUUAUCUCCGCCUCAUUGGCAGUGGCUAUGCGUAAAGGGGGGGAGGAGAGUGAAAGGGACAACGUACGUACCAUGCAAGCGGAGUUACUGCUGCGUUCGCUUCGGGGUGUAGUUUUCUACUCCACACCGCAUUUUGGGGCGCCUAUUGCGAGUAUUGUGACGGGUCUGAAGAGGUACUACCAGAGUUUUGGUGGCAUCGUUCCCUCCCAUGUACUUUCCACUCUCGGCGACCACAACAGGGAGUGGCUGGUCAGUCUGAACGAAGAGUUUCUCCAUGUGAUUGAGCGCUGCGGCGGUGGUGGGGGCGGGGGCGUGCGCAUUCUUUCCUUUGGUGAGAUGAGGCGUUUGAACGGUGUUCUCCGCGUUGUGGAGCCUGAGUCGGCCAACCCCGCACCGGAUGAUCCACGCUAUCCUUUCUACGUUCUCGACGAUGACCACUACGGGGUGAACCGUCCCGUGUCGAAGGAACAGCCAAGUUACACAAUUUUGUUCGGAUUUCUCGAGCGAAUGCGCCGCAGUGGGUUGCUUGGGUCCAACGUAGUGAAGAGUGCGGAUAGUGUUUUACCAGAGAAGACAGAAGUGUGGCGCCAUGAAACAGUUGACGGUAGCAACGAUGCUCUCCAGGAAGACGCAUUGUUUGUUAAUGAUGCUUUUGUUGCUGGGGGCGGUAACAGUGCCGUGGACCUCGACGCACGCAUGCUUAUGGUGACGCUUGAGAAAUCAAUGCAGCAGCUGCGCAUACAGUGUACUGUUCUAUUUGGGUGCAUAGUCCCCAUACAAUUUGAAAAGCUUCUGGCGUUGGCAGGGGAUGUGCUCAACUACACCACAACGUGUCCAUCGUUCACUUUGCAGCCGCUGGCUGAAAGGCGAAUCGAUACAUCCCUCCUUCUAACGCCACUGCGUCUGCUUGUGUACUGGAUGGAGCGGAGUGUCACCACAUUGAAAACCGUCGUUGUUUGUCAGGCGGAACGAGCUACCCGCCGUGGUCAUUUGACUGCUGUGGAGAGCCGCUCACUGGGUGACAUCGAUAGCGGUGUGGCGUCACUGCGGCAUGAGUGGGAGUGGUUCCACUGUCACCUCUGCCAGAUCGGUCCUACACCUGAGAAUCAUCCACCCGUGCUUUUCUUUUCCCAGUCCAUUACGCUCGCCGUCGUGGAUGCCAUGGCCGACGACUGUGGGGGACUCGUCGGGCUGGCCAUGCGAUGUGUACCCGAGGCCUGCGGUUGGCGUCGUGAUGCGGCCAUACCGUGGAGUGCACAGAACAGACACACAAUGACAGAAUUCCCGUCGUCCGUGUCUGUGGUGGCUUCGCUCCUCACAGGGUGGUUUUGCUUAGGCGUGACACGACAGUACAGCUCUGCUGCAAACGCGUUCCGCAGCCUCAUUCGCGAUGUUGAAGUGCUGAGGAGGGAACAGUGCGACGGACCACCACCGACCAGCACUUCACAGACGAGCUCCAUUACACAAGAAAUGACCUUCACACCGUGGUGGAGUGGGAAACAGACGGGCGACAAGACAGAGACGCCUGUCAUCAAGCAAGAGGCCGUACUUCUGCAUGCAUUGGCAUUGCUCGCGCAUGUCGGUUUGUGUGAGAGCUAUAUAUCUCUCUCCCGACGUGCCGUGAUACUGGAUCGGCAUCCACAUCAUCAAGAAAAAGAACAGCAACAGCAGCAGCUGCAAGGGCUGCUUCGUCAAUCAGUGAUUGAAGGGCGUCAUCGCUACAGUAUGCUGGAGCGCUACCUUCAUAUCGACAGCAUCACGGACCGUCCCUUUGUCUUCACGAAAAGUGGUGUGGCGCCGACAAUACGCAAGGAAGAGAAAGAAGACCCUUAUCGUACGGAAGCAGAAGGACAGCGAGUGCGGUCGCCUGUCCGCAUCGCUGCCAUAUCAAAGGGGGCCACUCUUCGACGCAGUCUCUCCUUCGUUUGGGAUGAUGUGCGACAAGGGGAGAGCAGCAAGGAGGCGGCAGUUCGCUUUGUAAGUAGUGUAUUGGUUUUCUGGUGGGUCAUCGAGAAGCGGGCGGACUUUCAUGGGCCUCUGAACAGUACGCCGACAUCAGGAGUCAGUGGGAUGCACAAUGUAAGUGAACUGGAAGGCCCCACGCGGUGGGUUUGGGACCACGCACAUGCGCGAAUGAAGAGCCAAUGGUUCACAUGGCAGUUUCUCUUACGUGGUAACGCAAAAUCAAAGAGUGAAGUCGACGUAGGACAGCAUCAUCUAUUAAAUGAGGCACUGCAACUUUGUACACACAACUCUCUCGCGCGAUGUUUGAAUGGCCAACAGUUGCUUCAGGGCGGGCACCUGGCAGAUGCUGCAGAUGCUUUCCUUGGUGUAUUGGAGUCCACACGGUGCGUCACCAACCCGCUGUAUCGUGCUGCUGCCAUGGGACUUGGUUGGACACACCUGCACUCCCACCACUGUGGUCUUUCCGGAGGAACUGGCAUUGAUGCUCUGGCCCUUCGCGGUUCCCCGCCUGGGUUAUGGGAGUGGUGCCGAUGGGAGAGCAGCGCGUCGCACGGCCGAGGGCGUGGCGCUGCUACAACUAAUGCCACUGUUACCGUUGCAGCUGUUCCUGGUGGCGGUGGUGAUACUAACAAUAGUGUGGAUGCCCCACGUCACUUAGAAAGAGCAUCCGCACUAUUUGAAGCAGUGCUUUCCUACGAUCCCAGUGACAAAGGGGCGUUGUGUGGUAUGGGUCGUGUAAAGAUGUUAACGACGUCUACAUCGUGUAGCGGCCUAGGCUAUCUCGGCUCCUGCCGCCAUUUCCUCGCCGUGCUGCAGGCGACAGAAUCACAUUCGGUGUAUCCACGAGGGCACAAGGGCGGCAUCUUACCCCUCGACAAUCAGCAAUGGGAGUCCCGUGCCGCGUACUGGUUGGGGGAGAUGUCUCGUUACGGCCUUGGUACCGACCCUGAAACAGCUGCGGCGAAACUGGGAUGUGACAGCGUUGCCAGGCAAUGGUGGGAGUACGCGGCGGUGCGGUGCCCAGAGAAUGAUUGGGCCCUCACAUCGUUGGGCCUUCUUUACGCGAAGGGGCAACAACAACAACACCAUCAUCAUCAUCAUCAGCAGCAGCAGCAGAAGCCGCCGCUGCGGGAUCGCUUCAACGCCAGAACAAUUGCACAACAAGAAAAGGGCGUGGAGCUCUUGCAGCGUUCUUUGUCUUUGAAUUCGAAGAACGCAUGGACGCUUUGGGGCCUAGCCCGGCUCUCACCCGAUACGGCACAGCGUCGCACGUGUCGUAUGAUGUUGAGAAAGUUACUGUUAAACUGA